GCAGCCAUUAGGGUUUCUAGUUUUCUAAGAAAGCGUGUACUGCUUCGCCCUCCGCUUGCAGUCUACAGUUUUCGGUUCUUAUCUCGAUUAGCCAUGGCGGAGCAGACUGAGAGGGCCUUCCUCAAGCAACCAAAAGUGUUCCUAAGCUCAAAAAAGUCUGCAAAGGGUAAUAGGCCUGGGAAGGGUGGGAAUCGAUUUUGGAAGAAUAUUGGUCUUGGCUUCAAGACACCUAGGGAGGCCAUUGAAGGGACCUACAUUGACAAGAAAUGCCCAUUUACUGGCACCGUCUCUAUAAGAGGCCGCAUCUUAGCAGGCACUUGUCACAGUGCCAAGAUGAAUAGGACAAUCAUCGUUCGUCGGGACUACCUUCACUAUGUGAAGAAAUAUCAGAGGUACGAGAAAAGACAUUCUAAUAUUGCUGCACAUAUUUCACCAUGCUUCCGUGUGAAGGAAGGCGACCACGUUAUAAUUGGGCAAUGCAGGCCAUUAGCGAAGACUGUUCGGUUUAAUGUGCUGAAGGUUAUCCCAGCUGGCUCUACCGGUGGUUCCAAGGGAAAGAAGGCCUUCGCUGCUGUUUGAGGCUGCUGAGUAUUUCUCAAAGCUGGCUUAGCAGAGUUAAGAUUAUGCUAGUUUUGUGUUCAGAUUUAAAGUGCUUGUUUACAGUACUGUUUUGUUAAGAUUUUGUUGGGAUUUUUGUGUUUUUUAUUAAACUUGGAAGUGUUGAAAACA